AUGACGAUGAUGAUGCUCCUUGUGGUACUUGUAACCGUGAUAAAGGUGGAAUCGGUAUCAGAAUGUAACGGGACAAGCAGCAGCAUAGGUGCUUGUCUUCGGGACGACGAUGAAUUGUUGAUGGAAUCAGAAACAAGUAGUAGGAUUCUUCUUGCUGCAGGUGGUAAUGCUAGAUCAGGAAGAUUAAAUUACAAGGCCACAGGGAAACCAGAGAUAUGUAAUGAACAAAUAGUCGGUAAUUGCAUCGAUAAUAAGAACGUUAAGGCAACACGCUGCAACUUUGGUACCCGCUGCAAACGCAAAAUAUCCUCCUAA